AUGUCAACCGUUUCCCAGGACCUACUGGACGGAAUCUCAGGCGCACUAGCAAAAGAAUGUGACGCUCUCCAAAUGAUCUUAGUCACCUUCCUCAGCCUAUCCUGCUACAAUGUCGCAGAAUUAGUUAUUCUCGUCCCUUCGACUUUCCGCCGUUGGCGCGGUCUCUACUUCUGGUCCCUUCUCAUCUCGGGAUGUCUCGGCGUGGUGCCGUACUCGAUUGGGUUUUUGAUGAAAUUCUUCACGAGGGCCGACUCCGUGCUCUCAGUGACGGUUCUCUCGAUCGGGUGGUGGACCAUGGUUACGGGGCAAUCGGUUGUUCUGUAUUCGCGGCUGCAUCUUGUCCUGGGAGAUGAGCGCAUCCUCCGCUGGGUGCUGAGGUUGAUCGUGCUGAAUGUGUUUGUCUUGCAUAUUCCCACGACGAUCUUGACGUACGGCGCGAAUAUCGUGCACAGCGGUGAUGUCGUUUGGGUCAAUGGGUAUAAUGUUAUGGAGAAGAUCCAGUUGACUGGGUUCACGAUCCAGGAGAGUAUCCUUUCAACGCUUUACGUGAUUGAGACCGUGAAAUUGCUUCGGCUUGGAGCGGAUGUUUCUGUGAGACCGGACUCGCGGAGCAUCAUGUACCGGCUAAUUGGGAUUAAUUGUGCGAUCAUGGCGAUGGACUUGAUCUUGUUGAUAUUGGAGUAUGCGGAUUUCUACGCAGUGCAAAUUACGUUGAAGGCCUUUAUAUACUCGCUCAAAUUGAAGCUUGAGUUUGCGGUGCUAGGCCAGUUGAUUGAUCUCAUCCAGGGGUCUAGACAUCCAAUUUCUCUUGCUAUUGCCGACACUGUGCCUCUUUGCUCAAUGCAGCGGCCGCCUGACACGCCGGAUCGGAGUGUGGACGGGCCUGAGGAGGCUGAGCCGAAGGACUUUUUGGCAGAUCAUCGUGGGAGGGUGGUUCAGAGGAGGAUGUUUGUUGAGUCUGAGAGGACGACCGCUAUAUAA